ACGACGGCGCCGUCUUGCUCUCGCAAAAACGACACGCGUUUAGCAGCUGCUGUUUCUUCUUCUUCUUUCUCCCUGCUGUUUUCAGGUCCUGAGCGAGAACAUUGAGCACGUUUGCACUUAAAAUCAGAGUUCGACGCACUUUUCCAUUCCCAGCCUUUGAGAAUGUCUUGGGGCUUGGGAUGGAAGAGGCCCUCUGAGAUCUUCCAUCUCACUCUCUGCUACGGCACCGACGAUCCGCCGGAAACUCUUCGCCGUGCGUCAACGUCUUCGUCGCUCUCGCUGGAGCAGGAGCUAGGGUUUCGCAUUGAAUUGGAGUGGUCAGCGUCGGAGGAUGAAGAUCAGGUGGCGCUGAAGCUUCAGUCGCAGCUCAUGGUGGCUCUGCCGAUGCCCCAGGACUCAGUGGUGGUGAUACUGAGGCCAGAUGAUGGCGAGGAGAGAGUGGAUUUGGACAUGAACGUUGUCAAGAGAAGAGAGCCUCUAAGAACUGUGACGGUAACCAAGACUGUAGCCUCUGGCCAGCAAAGCGACGGCACCGGCGUUUUUAUUCGCCUCUUGCGCUCCAAUUUGGCUUCCGCCGCAACGCCGUCGGUUUCCGACGGCUGCGGUGACCAUUGGAGGAGUAUUUCUGUGCUUAGACUCUGCGGUUGUGGUUUGUCGGUACUUCCUGUAGAGCUUACUAAAUUGCCGCAUCUUGAAAAACUUUAUCUUGAUAACAACAAAAUCACAGUUUUGCCGCCGGAGGUUGGUAAGCUGAGAAGCUUAAGAGUGCUUAGAGUUGACAGCAACAUGCUUAUCUCGGUGCCUGUGGAACUGAGACAGUGUGUUCAGUUGGUGGAAUUAUCGUUGGAACACAACAAGCUGGUCCGUCCUCUUCUUGAUUUCAGAGCCAUGGCUGAAUUACGGGUACUCAGGCUAUUUGGAAAUCCUCUUGAGUUUCUUCCCGAAAUUUUGCCCCUCCUCAAACUUCGCCACCUUUCUCUUGCAAAUAUUAGGAUUGUGGCAGAUGAGUAUUUGAGAUCAGUGAAUGUGCAAAUAGAGAUGGAAAACAGUUCUUAUUUUGCUGCUUCUAGGCAUAAGCUCAGUGCCUUCUUCUCUCUUAUCUUCCGUUUUUCUUCUUGUCAUCACCCUUUACUAGCAUCUGCACUUGCAAAGAUAAUGCAAGACCAUGGAAAUAGAGUGGUUGUUGGUAAAGACGAGAAUGCAAUGCGACAGCUUAUAAGUAUGAUAAGUAGUGACAUCCGACAUGUGGUAUAUUUUAAUGGUUCUAGACAUAAGAUUUUAUUUAUUGUGCAAUUUUUGGUGGUUGAGUUGUCACCAUGUUUAUAUAUUUUACAGGUUGAACAAGCAUGCUCGGCUCUUUCAGCUCUUGCCUCCGAUGUUUCGGUUGCACUGCAGCUGAUCAAAGCUGAUAUCAUGCAACCCAUUGGAAAAAUUCUCAAAUCAAUGGGUCAGGAAGAGAUAAUAUCUGUGUUGCAAGUUAUGGUGAAAAUGGCUUUUACAUCUGGUACUGUGGCUGAGAAGAUGUUGAACAAGGAUAUUUUGAAAUCAUUGAAAAAUUUAUGUGCCCAUAAAGAUCCGGAGGUACAAAGGCUAUCUCUGUUAGCUGUUGGGAAUUUGGCCUUCUGUAUGGAGAAUCGUCGUAUACUUGUUACUUCUGAAAGCUUACAAGAACUUCUCUUACGCUUGACUUUUGCAACUGAGCGUCGUGUUUAUAAAGCUGCAGCUCGUGCUUUGGCUAUUCUUGGAGAAAAUGAAAACCUGCGACGUGCAAUACGAGGGAGACAAGUGCCAAAGCAAGGACUUCGCAUCCUCUCAAUGGAUGGAGGUGGGAUGAAAGGUCUAGCAACUGUGAGAAUGCUUAAGGAAAUUGAAAAGGGAACUGGAAAACGAAUACAUGAAUUGUUUGAUUUAAUAUGUGGUACAUCAACGGGAGGAAUGCUAGCUGUUGCCCUUGGGAUUAAGUUAAUGUCCUUGGAACAAUGUGAAGAUAUAUACAAAAAUCUUGGGAAGCUUGUUUUCGCUGAGCCGGUGCCGAAAGACAAUGAGGCUGCUACGUGGAAAGAGAAGUUAGAUCAACUUUAUAAGAGUUCGUCACGGAGUUUUAGAGUUGUUGUUCAUGGAUCAAAACACAGUGCAGAUCAGUUCGAGAGGCUUUUGAAGGAAAUAUGUGCCGAUGAGGAUGGGGAUCUAAUGAUAGAUUCUGCUGUAAAAAAUGUGCCCAAAGUUUUUGUCGUAUCAACCUUGGUGAGUGUCAUGCCAGCACAGCCCUUCAUAUUCCGCAAUUAUCAGUACCCUGCUGGAACGUCAGAGGUGGCUCCUGCAAUAUCAGAAAAUUCAGGGAUCAGUGUAUUAGCUUCAUCUACAACAGGUGCACCAAUUGGCUUUAAGCACAGUGCUUUCAUUGGAAGUUGCAAGCAUCAAGUGUGGCAAGCUAUCAGGGCUUCGUCUGCUGCUCCUUAUUAUCUUGAUGAUUUCUCUGAUGAUAUCAAUCGCUGGCAAGAUGGUGCAAUAGUGGCCAACAACCCAACAAUUUUUGCCAUAAGAGAAGCGCAACUUCUGUGGCCUGAUACAACAAUUGAUUGCCUGGUUUCAUUAGGGUGUGGUUCUAUUCCAACAAGGGUGCGAAAAGGGGGAUGGCGGUAUCUGGAUACAGGACAGGUGUUGGUUGAGAGUGCAUGCUCGGUUGACCGAGUGGAGGAAGCUUUAAGUACACUGCUACCUAUGCUUCCUGAGACACAAUAUUUUCGUUUUAAUCCUGUUGAUGAACGUUGUGGUAUGGAACUUGAUGAGACGGAUCCAACAAUCUGGCUGAAAUUGGAAUCUGCUGUUGAAGAAUAUAUACAAAAGAAUCAUCAGGCAUUUGAAAAUGUCUGUGAGAGAUUGCUACUGCCUUUCCAGCACGAAGAGAGGUGGUUAGAGAAUCUAAGGUCUAAAGUACCCAAAACAGAGGAGCCAAAUGAGGGCACUUGUGGCCCCACUCUAGGGUGGAGGCGUAAUGUAUUACUUGUGGAAGCUUUACAUAAUCCCGAUUCUGGAAGAGCAAAGCACCAUGUCCAGGAGCUUGAGUCAUUUUGUGCUCGUAGUGGCAUACGAUUAUCCUUCAUGCAUGGUUUGUCAGGGACUGAAAGGACAACACCAGCAACAGCAUUCCCGACUCCAUUUACUUCCCCUUUGUUUACAGGAAGCUUUCCGUCAAGUCCACUUGUAUAUAGUCCUGAUUUUGGUCAGCGGAUUGGACGAAUUGACAUGGUUCCACCUUUAAGCUUAGAUGGCCAACUGGGAAAAAUAGCUGCAUCACCCCCAGUGUCGCCUCGAGGUCUUAGACAACUCUCUUUGCUUGUCAGAUCAUUGCAUGAGAAAUUGCAAAAUUCACCACAAUUGGGUGUUAUACAUUUGGACCUUCAAAAUGACUCAGAUGGCUUGAUUCUGAGUUGGCGCAGUGAUGUAUUUGUGGUGGCUGAACCUGGAGAGCUUGCUGAGAAAUUUCUGCAAAGUGUUAAAUUAAGUUUAUUGUCAACAAUGAGGAGCCACCGCAGAAGGGGUGCGUCUCUGCUGACCAAUAUUUCUACCAUUUCUGAUUUGGUUGCCCUUAAACCUUGUUUCCAAAUCGGAGGCAUUGCCCACCGUUAUCUAGGCCGUCAAACCUUAGUUAUGGAAGAUGAUCAAGAAAUUGGUUCCUAUAUGUUCCGUAGGACAGUCCCAUCAAUGCAUUUAUCCCCCGAUGAUGUUCGAUGGAUGGUUGGAGCCUGGAGAGACAGGAUCGUCAUAUGCACUGGGACAUAUGGACCUACUCCCGCUCUUAUCAAGGCCUUUCUAGACUCUGGUGCCAAAGCUGUCAUUUGCCCUUCAAAUGAACCCCCAGUGUCUCAGAUGACUACCUUCGAUGGUACCGGGGAAUUGAAUGUGAUGGAAAAUGGGAAGUUUGAAAUUGGAGAGGAUGAAGCUGAAGAUGAGACUGCACCGGACAGUCCCUUAAGUGACUGGGAAGAUAGUGACACAGAGAAAAAUGAGAACCGUGCUCUGUCGUUUUGGGAUGAUGAUGAAGGGGAACUUUCUCAAUUUGUCUGUCAAUUUUAUGAUUCGUUGUUCAGGGAGGGUGCCAGUAUCAAUCUUGCUCUGCAGCAAGCUCUUAAUUCACAUCGGAGAUUAGGGUACGUGUGCCAUCUUCCCUGCAUACAAUAACUUGCUCACUGUAUCUUACACAAAUACACAAAUACAAGAAAAAACAAAGGAAGGAUAUAUACCCACAUACACAUACGGAGAGUGUUUGACAACAUUCUUCUUAUAGAAUUACAAUGAAUGUCUGUGUAUAAAAGAAAAGACAAUGGAUGUCCAAUUUUGAGGCUUAGGAAGAUGUGCAUUGUCUGUCGUUUAUUGCAUAGUAUACCUUAUUUUUUUGGUUUCCUAUUAUUUUGUAUCAUAAACUUGGUAAUGGCAAGCUUGUAGCUGUGCUGGAAGCGGAGACUGAUCCCUCCUCCACUUAUUAUUGAGGCAAGAUCUUUUAUCCGACCUUCACAAUCAUCUAGGUGACCUUGGUACUAUAAAUUGUGAUUUAGUGUAUUCUAAAGUAUAGGAAAUUAUUCUCGUAUCAUCUGAAUUUUAUGUUAAUUAUUUUAUACUGACUGAAUUUAUUUGGUGAAAAUUUACACAAAAUGCUUUUAUAUUU